AGCAUCUCUCACCCCAUCGCUUCCCCGCAACCAUCGUGCACCGCUGCAGCCCUGAAGGUGCAAAACAAUACCCCGGAAAUUUGUACAAGGGGCCAACAAGAAAGGUCUCCUCCCCACCACCCCACCAAGAAACCGAAGUCGUCACACUCGCAGUCACUGGCUCACUCCACUCCGCGCACCCUCACUCUCGCUCGCUCCGUCCGUCUCCGUCCGGCGAGCCCGCCCGCGCCUGCGGCGAUGGCCGUGAGCAACAACAUCACGGCGUGCCUCAACUUCCUGGCCCUAAUCUGCACCAUCCCGGUGGUGGCCACGGGCCUCUGGUUCGCCUCCAAGCAGGGCGCCGAGUGCGCGCGGCUGGCGCGCUGGCCCGUGGCCAUCCUCGGCGUGCUCCUCCUCCUCGUCGCCCUCGCGGGCUUCGUCGGCGCCUACUGGAACCGCCAGGGCCUGCUGGCCGCCUACCUCUUCGCCAUGGCGGCCCUCAUCACGCUCCUCCUGGCGCUCCUCGUCUUCGCCUUCGCCGUCACCCACGGCUCCGGGGCGUACGACGUGCCCGGCCGCGCCUACCGCGAGUACCGCCUCGAGGGCUUCUCUGGCUGGCUGCGCGGGUAUGUUGCUGGGGAUCCCCGGCGGUGGGAGGGGAUCAGGGCGUGCCUCGCCGCGUCGGACACCUGCAAGAAGCUCACCAUGGAGACCGCCUUCUUCAUCGCCCCCGAGCAGUUCUACCAGUCCGACCUCUCCCCGCUCCAGUCCGGCUGCUGCAAGCCGCCGACGGCGUGCGGGUACGCGUACGUGUCCCCGACGGUGUGGGCCAGCCCGGCAAACCCGGCGGCGGACGCGGACUGCGGCGCCUGGAGCAACGACCCGCGGCAGCUCUGCUACUGGUGCGAAUCCUGCAAGGCCGGCAUGCUGGGCACCCUGCGCGACCAGUGGCGCCGGGCCAACGUGGCGCUCGUCGCCGCCACCGUCGCGCUCCUCGUCGUCUACGUCAUCGGCUGCAGCGCCUUCAAGAACGCCCAGACCGAGGACCUCUUCCGCCGCUACAAGUGGAGCAACAACACCUGACGCUGAUAGAUGUACCAAUCCCGAACGAAGGAAGGAGUUCUCUGGUGGCAGUACCAGUGCUAGUAUGCUGACAUUGUGCACUAGUAUGAUUAUCGGACGAACCAGUGUAGAUUAUGUAGUGGGAAGUACUAAGGUUGAAAGAAGUUUCACUCUCGUGAGUUGUAUUUGGCCACUAGACCUGGUGCAUUCGCUAGUGCCAUGGUUUAUGGCUAGAGCUAUAGUGUGGUGAGAUUUCUCGGUUUUCAGGUCGGUUAAUGGAGACAUUUUCACCCAAAAUUCUCGAUGAAAUGCAGUGUACGUUCAGAUUUGUGAUUGUUUCAAGGCAAAAAUAAAUAAAUCAUGAUUGUGGUA